AUGUCUGAACUACGCUUAUCGUUUCUCUUCCUUCUCUUCAUCUCCAUACCCCUCAAAGUAAUUUAUUCACAAGACAUAUAUACAGAACGAACUGUUCUUCUCAAACUGAAACAACAACUGGGCAAUCCACCGGCCAUCGGAUCCUGGAAAUCAUCAUCCUCACCGUGUGAUUGGCCGGAGAUCAACUGCACCGCCAGUUCGGUAACCGAAGUUCAUCUCCGUGACAAGAACAUCAUGGUAAGGAUUCCCCCAACAAUAUGUGACCUCAAAAACCUCACUUUCCUUGACCUUGCCUCAAAUUUUAUCCCUGGAGAGUUCCCAACGCUUUACAAUUGUUCAAAGCUCCAAAUCUUAGACCUUUCCCAGAACUAUUUUGUUGGUCCAAUUCCUGACGAGAUUGACCGAUUAUCAACUCUGUUUUUCUUGGAUAUUAGUGGCAAUAAUUUUUCUGGUAAUAUUCCACCAAGUAUUGGAAGAUUACCAGAGUUGCAAACCUUAAACAUCUACCAAAAUCAGUUCAAUGGGACGUUUCCUAAGGAAAUUGGUAACUUGUCCAAUCUUGAGUUUUUGAAAAUGGCUCACAAUGGGUUUGACCCCAUGAACAUACCUCAAGAGUUUGGUCAGCUAAGGAAGUUGCGGUUCUUAUGGAUGACACAAACCAAUUUGAUCGGUGAAAUUCCGGAAAGUUUCAACAACCUUUCCACUCUAAAGCACUUGGACCUAUCUAAAAACAAUUUGGAAGGUCCUAUUCCAAGUAGGCUGUUUUCGUUCAAGAAUCUAACCGACAUGUAUCUCUACCGUAAUAAGCUGUCCGGUGAGAUACCCAAAAGCAUCGACGCUUUGAACAUGGUUGAAAUUGAUCUUUCCAUGAAUAAUUUGACUGGCUCUAUUCCAGAGGACUUCGGGAAGUUACAAUAUUUGGUCUUCUUAAACGUGUUUUCAAACCAGUUAACAGGAGAGUUGCCAACAAGCAUUGCCCAACUUCCUGCCUUGAGAGAUUUUCGUGUUUUUGAUAACAAGUUGACCGGAGUCUUGCCACCAGAAUUCGGCCUUCAUUCAAAGCUCGAAGGAUUUGAGGUAUCGCAGAAUCAAUUCAGUGGCCAACUGCCCGCAAAUUUAUGUGCUGGAGGCGUCCUACAAGGAGUGGUUGCACAUACAAACAAUCUCAGUGGGAAAAUACCAAAGUCGCUUGAAAAUUGCCGUACUUUGCGCACUUUUCAACUUCACAACAACAAGUUCUCAGGUGAGAUUCCUCAAGGUAUAUGGACAGCUUUCAAUUUGUCGAGCUUGAUGUUGAGCAACAAUUCUUUUUGGGGCAAACUACCAAGUGAACUUGCAUGGAAUAUGUCAAGGGUGGAAAUUAGUGACAACAAGUUCUCCGGUGAAAUUCCUCUAGGAAUUGCAUCUUGGUCAAAUUUGAUUGUCCUUAAGGCCAACAACAAUUUCUUUUCAGGCAAAAUCCCAAAGGAGAUAACAAAUCUUUCUCGCCUUAUUACUCUGUUUCUCGACGGUAAUGAGUUUUCUGGUGAACUGCCAUCUGAAAUAAUCUCAUGGAGAUCGUUAAAUUCUUUAAAUGUCUCCAAUAACAAGCUUUCUGGUGAAAUCCCUGCUGCGAUUGGGUCUUUACCUGACCUGAUUAACUUAGAUUUAUCAGAAAACCAAUUCUCUGGUGAAAUUCCUCCUGAAAUUGGUAACCUGAAACUGGGUUCACUCAACUUGUCAUGCAAUCAACUUGUUGGGAGGAUCCCAAAUCAGUUAGAUAACAUUGCAUUUGAAAACAGCUUUCUGAACAAUGCUAAUCUAUGUGCAGAUGAUCCAGUUCUAAAGCUUCCAGAUUGCUAUUCCAAACUCCAUAAGCCCAAAAAGUUGUCCUCUAAAUUUCUUGCCAUGAUUCUAGCACUAGCCAUCCUUGUUUCCCUAGUUAUCCUUCUAUUGACCUUGUUCCUAGUUAGAGACUAUAGAAGGAAAAACCCUGGACGGAAUCUAGCAACAUGGAAGCUGACCUCGUUCCACAGAUUGGAUUUCACAGAAGCAAACAUAUUGUCCAAUUUGAUAGAUAGUAAUCUCAUUGGAAGUGGUGGCUCGGGGAAGGUUUACCGAAUUGGGAUUAACCGUUCAGGAAAAUCUGUUGCCGUGAAGAAAAUUUGGAAUAGUAAGAAACUGGAUCACAAGCUUGAGAAAGAGUUCUUAGCAGAAGUUGAAAUACUGGGCAACAUUCGCCAUUCCAACAUAGUGAAGUUACUGUGUUGCAUUUCCAGUGAAGAUUCAAAGCUUCUGGUAUACGAUUACAUGGAGAAUCAGAGCCUUGAUAGAUGGCUUCAUGGGAAUAAAAGAAAGUCAAUGUCAGGGAUGAGUUCAGGUUACCAUGCUGUGUUGGAUUGGCCAAAAAGGUUGCAAAUUGCUGUUGGAGCUGCUCAGGGGCUAUGCUACAUGCACCAUGAGUGCCCUACACCAAUCAUCCAUCGAGAUGUGAAGUCUAGCAAUAUUUUGUUGGACUCUGAAUUCAAAGCAAAAAUUGCAGAUUUUGGACUUGCUAAGAUGCUAACUAUGCAUGCAAGUUCUCACACAAUAUCUGCGGUAGCAGGAUCUUUUGGUUACCUCGCCCCAGAGUACGCAUAUGCAACAAAAGUCAGUGCAAAGGUUGAUGUUUACAGCUUCGGAGUGGUACUCCUGGAAUUGGUGACAGGAAGAGAAGCCAAUUGCGCGGAUGAAAAUAUGGGCCUAGUAGAAUGGGCGUGGCAGCACUUCUCUGAGGAUAAGUCCAUAGUUGAAAUACUUGAUCCAAAGGUAAAAGAAUCAUCCUGCUUGGAGGAAAUGAUAAUGGUAUACAAGGUAGGAAUCGUCUGUACACGUGCAUCGCCCUCUACCAGGCCUUCCAUGAAGGAAGUUUUGCACGUCCUUAGUAGCUCUUGUGCUCCGGAUGGCCAUGGAGCCAAAAGCGUGGGAAGCGACUUUGACGUAGCGCCACUUCUUGGCACUGCCACUUAUCUUUCCAGUUACAAGCAAAGUCAGAAGGGAUCCGAGGAGGAUGAAUGCAUAAUUUACAAUGUUUGAUUUACUAUAGAAGUGGUGACUCCGGUGCUAUAUGCACAACCAUGUCGACGGGAUUCCCAAGAGUGAGAGUCAGCUUGGCUCGUUAUUUCCACACUACUGAAAAUUAACAUGGGAUCAUUGUCUACUUAAUGUCCCAAUUGACAAAAGGCCACAUUUGUAGUCUAACUGCACAUCUUGGCACCAUACAUUCUAUUUUGCAAUCCAGCUCUCUAUGCAAACUUGACAAUGAUAAUAAAUUUAUACCAUUGUUAGUUUA